AUUCUACCUGCGUUUGCGAUAGAACUCGCGAGUAUUUUUCUAAACAGGACUUGAAAGACACGCACAAAAUGACAAUUCGUCAAACAGUCAUAAUUGCUCUUUCGCUUUUCAUUCUGCAAGCCAAUUUUGUGUUGCCUAGUCCCACUUCUACACAUGUGGUCAAGCGCCAAACCCUACAGAGAGAUUCUACACUAUUCCUAGACUCUGUUGGUGAUUUGUUGAUUGGGGUUAUCAAUACUGGCUUGCGGAGUGUUGCGGCCUUGAUUACAUCCGGGAAUGAAGCCACUCAAAAAAUGGCCGUGGCAGUUGGAUCUGCAGCUCUUCCGCCUUUAUUGAAUGUCUCUCGAGCUUUUACACGCGUCCAACAAUCUUCCACGCGGCUCUUCAACAAUACGCAAGCCGUUUUGCCGGAGCCUGGAACUUUGCGUGACGUGACAAGACGCAUUGCUCAAGGAAUUCAGCCGGCCAUCGGACUAGUCGGACAGUCGGUGAAUAGCACGUUCCGAGGUUCGUCCGGCCUUUUCGGUGGACGAGCGAAUACAACAAGAGUCAACCCUAACGAUAUCGAGAUUCCCGACGAAUUUGCAGAUUUCGAGAAUAACUAAGCCUUUAUUGUAAUGCCUUUGAACAACUGUUUGAGAUUCACCGUGCACGACUACAUUGUACUUGUGUGUUGCAAAAAUCCGCUGGCGUGUUUUGUCUCUACGCUAAAACGUCGAAAAAUAAUGGAGGACUUUUAAGUAUUGUUGCCUUUGUUUACGCAUUUUUUUUUCCAACCAUGACUCGUGGGCGAAUUUGGGGAUUUUAGGUUUCACAAUACAAGCCCAUCGGCAAUUUAUACUGUCGUACCCAAAUUGGAUGCAUAUUUCAUCAGCUGGUAUUUGUAUCUACGUAAUAAACCCGUAAUCAGCCCAAACAUCGUAUCAAAGAUUGUUGAAAUUUUUUUUGCACGCUAUUUACGACAGUGCCAGAAUGUGAUUGCGUGAAAAUGCUUGUAAUGGCCCUCCAGAAUGUUCGACAUCGAUGGACACAUGAUGUGCAAAAGAACUGACCUUGCCGCUGCAGCUCGGUUAUGUAACCCUUGUAGACAAAUAUACACACGUUUGCUAUAGUUGAUAA